AAAAACACGGAUUUUAGCGUCUGAAUGAACCAAAGUCCACCUCCUGCAGAGACACAACAGGACUGUGAGGUCCAGGUCCACGGGCUGCAGACAGAACCGACCCGAACAACAACAGCACGAGCUGUCAGCUGGUUGGACUGGUUUUGGGUGUUUGUGGUUUCAGACGGUCUGCAGGACAGCUGCUGCAGCGAACACAGGAUGGAGGUGUCAUUCAGAGGGAAACACGCUCUGGUCACCGGAGCAGGCAAAGGGAUCGGCAGAGACUUGGUUUUGGCUCUGGCACACGGUGGGGCAAAGGUCACAGCCGUCACACGGACACAGGCGGAUCUGAACAGUCUGGUCCAGGAGUGCCCGUCCAUCACACCGGUCUGUGUGGACCUGGCAGACUGGGGGGCCACAGAGGCCGCACUGAAGGACAUCGGCCCCAUCGAUCUACUGGUGAAUAAUGCUGCUUGUGCCAAGCUGCAGCCGUUCCUGGAGGUCACACAGGACCAGUUUGAACAGUCGUUCAGUGUGAACGUGAAAGCUGUGCUGCAGGUGUCACAGCUGUGGCAGUCGACGUUGCUGAAGAUUGUGGCUCGGGGGAUGAAGGCUCGAGGAUCUGGAGGCUCCAUCGUCAACGUGUCCAGCCAGGCCUCUCAGUGCGCUCUCAGAGACCACGCAGUCUACUGUGCCACAAAAGGAGCCGUAGACAUGUUGACUAAAGUCAUGGCUCUGGAGCUGGGACCACACCAGAUCCGUGUGAACGCUGUGAACCCUACAGUGGUUCUGACACAGAUGGGUCGUCUGGGCUGGAGUGACCCAGAAAAAGUCAAAACCAUGACGUCCCGCAUCCCCCUUGGCCGCUUCGCAGGUCAGCCCCUGCAGCAUCUGCAGGCUGUCUUUUUAUCAUUUAUUUCCUCUGGGAGCCAGCCUUAUCUUUACAAACACAUUGUGCAGAACUGUUGUGAGUUUGGUUUGUGUUCAUGGUUCAUCAUUGGAUGUUUCACAGUCUUUUAGUGAUUGUUCACAAAGAGAUCUCUAACAUCAUCCUGUUACAUUUGGCUUUAAUUUAAGCUUAAAGGCAAAUGUAAUUUAUGUAGAUUUUCAUUUUGUGGUCAAAUUACAAAAUAAUCUGCUCCUGUUCAUUUGUUAUCUAAUAUGAAUCCUGAAGUCCUGAAUGAAAGGCGACCCUCAUGAUGAAAUGAUAUGAAGUUCUAAUAAAGG